GAGAAACAAUAUCAGUGUGAUAUCUGUGGUAAAUCAUUUUCUACCAGUGGUGACUUAAAUAAACACAAACGUACACAUACAGGAGAAAAGCCACAUCAUUGUAAUAUCUGUGGUAAAUCAUUUUCUACAAGUAACAUUUUAACUGAUCACAAACUUGUUCAUACAGGAGAGAAGACAUAUCAUUGUGAUAUCUGUGGUAAAUCAUUUUCCCAGCAUUCUACGUUAAACAGGCACAAACGUAUUCAUACAGGUGAGAAGCCAUAUCAGUGUGAUAUCUGUGGUGAAUCAUUCUCUGAAAAUAGCCCUUUAACCAGACACCUACGUAUUCAUACAGGUGAAAAACCAUAUGAGUGUGAUAUUUGUGGUAAGUCAUUUUCUAGAAGUAGUCAUUUGUCUGGUCACAGACGUAUUCAUACUGGGGAAAAACCAUAUCAAUGUGUUAUCUGUGGUAAAUCAUUCUCUGAUAAUAGCAAUUUAAUCAAUCACAGACGAACCCACACAGGAGAGAAGCUAUAUCUUUGUGAUAUCUGUGGUAAAUCAUUCUCUCACAGUAGUGACCUGCCUAAACAUAAACGUAUUCAUACUGGGGAAAAACCAUAUCAUUGUGAUAUUUGUGGUGAGUCAUUCUCUCAAAAACGCCACUUAAGUACACAUCUGAGUAUUCAUACACUAGUCUAACAGUAUCAGUAUCAAAAUAUAUUACAACCCAGCAGGACAAGUGAGACCACAAUAUAUGGCCUCUACAUGGGAUGUAGCCAGUCCACUUAUGCAUACCUUUCCUUCUUGGGACACAAACCUUCGUUGUGAAGACCUGUUGACUCA